CAAGAGGAAAGAGAACAAAUUAGGAUUGAGGAGGAGAAAGAAGAGAAGAGGCUGACCUGCAGAGGGCACACUUACUGGAGGAAUAUGAAGAUGAGCAAAGGAAAGAGAAAAGGAGGACUGAGGUGACGAGCUCGCCUGUGACCGUUGUCGUCGUGGAGGUGGACCUGGAGCAGGAGUGGGUUAUUCCUCAGGCCAUGCAGUUCACUAAGUCUAAGUGGACUCCUUUCGAAGGUAUGAAGGUGAAAGGUAAAGUCCGCCGCGUGGUCCUGCGAGGAGAGGUGGCCUACAUCGACGGCCAGGUGCUCGUGCCUCCAGGUUACGGUGAGGAUGUGAAGACUUGGCCCACUUCUUCCACCCAUCCUCCAGAACCUGUCAAAGAAACUCCAAUGACUCCUGAGCGUCGGCGUCCAACUCCACCCCAGGAUGGAGUGCGGACUCGAGCUGCGAGCCCACGACGCAUUGGUGGAGAAAGCCGCUACCUGCUGCCGCCCCGCAUCCACCGUGCCUCUGAUCCCGGCCUGCCACCAGAGAUGGUCAUGCUCCCACCAGCCGCUGCUGUUGACGGGUACAGCCAUCCUCCCCCACUGUCCAGGCUGCUGUCCCCACAGUCUGGGUCAGGACAGGUGCCUCCUGGUCAGGUGUCACACCUGCAGAUGUCUCCUCUGCUUCACCCACUGGUGGGACAGCACAUCUUGUCUGUCAGACAGUUCAGCAAGGAGCAGAUCUCACACCUGUUCAAUGUUGCUCACACUUUACGUUUGAUGGUUCAGAAGGAACGAAGCCUGGAAAUACUCAAGGGUAAAGUAAUGGCCUCCAUAUUCUAUGAGGUCAGCACUCGCACCAGCAGUUCCUUCGCAGCGGCCAUGCAGCGUUUGGGCGGCUCCGUCGUCCAUUCCAGCGAGGCCACUUCCUCCUCGCUGAAGGGAGAAUCGCUGGCGGACUCUGUCCAGAUCAUGAGUGGCUACGCUGACGUCCUCGUGCUGCGUCACCCAACACCUGGAGCUGUAGAGAGCGCGUCCCGUCAGUGCCGUAAGCCGCUGAUCAAUGCUGGCGACGGUGUCGGGGAGCAUCCCACUCAGGCCCUGUUGGACGUCUUCACCAUCAGAGAGGAGCUGGGAACGGUCAACGGCAUGACGAUAACGAUGGUUGGAGAUCUGAAACAUGGCCGAACGGUUCAUUCCCUCGCCAAACUGCUGACCCAGUACCGCAUCACUCUGCGUUACGUGGCUCCCAAAAACCUCCACAUGCCAGCAGAGAUCGUCAGCUACGUGGCCUCAAAGGGCAUCAAACAGGAGGAGUUUGACAGCAUCGAGGAGGCUCUGCCUGACACCGACGUCCUCUACAUGACGAGGAUCCAGAAGGAGAGGUUUGCAUCUGAGGAGGAGUACAAAGCCUGUUUUGGUCAGUUCGUCCUCACUCCUCACAUCAUGACUGGAGCCAAACAGAAGAUGGUGGUGAUGCACCCGCUGCCCAGAGUCAAUGAAAUCAGUGUGGAGGUGGACACAGACCCGAGGGCGGCAUAUUUCCGUCAGGCAGAGAAUGGCAUGUACAUCCGAAUGGCCCUGCUGGCCACCGUACUGGGCCGAUAACUCAGUGUGUGUCACAGGCUGGGUCUCUGACCCAGCGCUCUGAGUUCAUUUUGUAUUUGUCUCAUUUUAGAUAUGUGAUUAGUUUGUGUCAUUCCUAUUUAGCUUUAGUUAAGGAAAGGCAGUUAUUAUUUAUUGUUUCCUUGGUUUCUAUGUUUGAGUUCUUGUAUCGUUCAUCACGUGUUAGGUCUGUUAAGCUUGUGUUGUCAUGUCUAGUUUCAGUGUUUCCUGUUUUAUUUUGAAGGAGUCGUGUGUUCUUUGUUCAUUGUAUUUAGUUUCACUUCCCCUGUCCUGUCAUUAGGUUCAUGUCAGUCAGCUGUUCCUCCAUGUGUUCCCACUUCCCCUAAUCACCUCCUGUGUAUUUAAGUCCUGUGUUUUCAGUGUGUCAUUGUCAGAUCGUCUGCUUUGUUUGCAAGCCAAGAAGUUGCGUCAAGUUUCCUCAUGUCAAGUCCAUGUUCCUGUUGUAGGUUUUUAAGUUAAUUUAGCUCACCCAGUUUAGUUUAUUGUUAGCCUUGCAUUUUGCCUUUUGUUUACAGUUAUUUUGCCAGCCUCAAUAAAUGGCUCGUUUUCUGUUAUUCAAGUCAUGUUUCACAUUUUGUUUCCGCCUGCAUUUGGGUCCACCCUUCACUCUACACACAAUCAGCCCUGCUGAUUGUGACAGUGUGCUGCUUCUUUGUCCUACAAACUGUCAGAGAAACAAAAAUGUAUCUUUUCUGAAAUCUAUACAUUUCUCAUUUCCUGCCCCCGAGGGUGCAAGUAGGUUUAAAUACUAGAUUUAAUACGGAGUUAAAGUUUAUAACAUGCUGCUGUAACACAGAACUUUUUUUUUUUCUCCAGUCACACAAAUGUUUACUUGUUUUCUUUCCUGCUGUAUUUCAAGAUUCCUUUAUUUUUACGUGUCUUAAAACCAUUAACAUAAUUAACAUAUAGAACCAGAAUCUGUCUUGUUUGAAAUGGUUAAGAGAUGAUCAGUGUUUGUGCAUCGAUGACCCAAAUCGAGGGGCAAAGGGAAGAAAUAGGAAGUGGGUGUUACUAUCGAUGUCUUUUUUACAUAUAUAUAUAAUUUGCAGCUGCUGCAUCUGAUUAAUGAUGUUUAAAGGGACCAAUGAGGAUGUCAAAGAAGAUAAAUCCUGAAUGCAUUUUUACGUUUAGACCAAUUUACUGGACCAGCUUCAUCAGAUGUUUGUUUGGGUUGGCACAGUCCUCUGAAAACCAGCAAUGGUGGUUUACGCCUCGAGGUUUUUCAAAAGAGAAUUUCUAACAAAAUACAGAGAAAAAAAUAUUUUUACUACACCAAACAAUCCGAUUGAUAUUUUGUUUUAAAAUGAGCAAAAGCAAAACUAAGUGUCUCUAAUAUAUUUCUAGGUUACCGGAAAACUUUCAUCAUUCCAGCUCUACAUGAGUAUAAUGGUACGAUACGGCUUACUGCACAUGUUUGUAUCAUGAUUUCAGUCUGUUUCAGAGUCGUGACAUUCUUGGUUGUAUGAAAUGGUUGUUUCCCUUUCUUCAAAUGUGUUGCAUUAACUGCAAGUGGAAACGCACAAAUAUCCUGAGAGCACAGUCUUUGAUGAUUUUGGGGUAAUCUCUGUAACUGUCAGUAAUUUCUUACACUGUUGACAUAAACUUUUUUUUUUUUUAAAUCAAAAUCCAAACGGAUGUUUGUAAAGUGUUGAACGACUUCUGUGUCAUGUGGAGAAAUAAAUAAUGAAAAAGGA